AUGCUGAUAUUCCGGCACCAAACUCGAUCGAGCUGGAACAAAACCCUGAACCAUAGCUCGAUCGAGCUGAAGAAACCAGACUUAGCAAGACAAACCAGAGCUCGAUCGAGCCGAGAAGAGAACAACAAAGCAAACUCCAGCCAACCAACUAAACCUGUUGCAAAGAAGAAAGACACUCCAUCAGGACCACCACCAUACAAACCCCCUCUACCCUUUCCAGGAAGGUUCAAGAAACAGCUGUUGGAAGCACACAAGGCCAAGUUUGAUGAACUAAUGAGACAACUUGAGCUGAAGUUGCCUUUCAUCGACGCCUUGAUGCUCAUUCCACCUUAUCAGAAAUUUCUGAAGGAUGCUGUUCAGCAAAGAACCAGGGAAGCACAAGGGAUGGUAGUGUUGACUCGUAGUGCAGUGCAAUCAUUCAGCGGAAGCCUCUGCGAUCUAGGAUCAUCUGUCAGCCUCAUGCCUUUGUCUGUAGCAAAGAGACUGGGAUAUCACAAGUAUCAAGCCUGCGGAAUCUCACUAGUCUUGGCAGAUAGAUCGAUAAGGUUACCAACUGGAAUGCUUGAAGACCUGCCUUUGAGAAUAGGGAAUGUAGAAAUCCCCACCGACUUCAUUGUGCUGAGAUGGAUGAGGAACCAACAGAUCCAUUGA